AUGAACUUGCGAGGGCUGACUCUGAACGGCAAAGGAGCUUUACUUGUCAUCUCCUGGAUUCCUGUAGCGAUGUGCUUCAACGAAAAUGUCUGCUACAUAGCCAAGAUAGAGGGAAAGUCGAUGAGGCCGACCCUAAACCCCAACGACAUAACCCACACAGAUUGGGUGUUGCUGUGGAAGUGGGGCGCCAAAAAUGCCUCCAAUUUGCAUCACAAUGACAUUAUUUUGUUCAAGGCACCUACCAAUCCAAGAAAAGUGUACUGUAAGCGUAUAAAGGGAAUGCAGUACGAUACAUUACAUACACGACACCCUUAUCCAAAAGAUGUAGUAAAUAUUCCUCGCAAUCACGUCUGGGUAGAGGGAGAUAAUGCCUUUCACUCUACAGACUCAAAUAACUUUGGACCAAUAUCUACUGGACUAGUUAUCGGAAAAGCCAUAGGUGUGAUUUGGCCACCAAGCCGAUGGGGCUCGAAUCUCUCUGAAACGAUCGGGCGCGAGGAUGCAAGAAUGAAUGGAAUUGUUGUAUAG